AUGUUAUCUACAAGAUCCUAUGCAGAGACCAUACAGCUAGAUACUCAAAACAUUACACUCUCAUCAGUCCAUCAGAACAACUCCCGUGCAACAGGUGGUUGUCCGCAGGGUCUUACAGGUUGUCCUCCAUGUGAGGUUGGUGCUAAAUUUCUUAGUAGUGGUGUUGUUUUUACUAUUACUGGUCCUUUUACUGAUACCUGUUAUGGUCUUUGCAUUACUUGUACUGAUGGUCGUGGUGGUCGUCAUCUUAGUGGUACUAUUCCUACUUGCACUGAUUAUACUGGUGUCCAUUAUAGCAAUAAUGGCUGUAGUGAUAUUUGCACUGGUGAUAGUGUUGGUGGUAUUACUUGCAAUAGUCUUAGUGGUAAUAUCGGAUGA